AUGGUGGAAAGGGCAGCUGAGCUGGCGGCGGACGGCUCGGGUCUCCUCUCGCCGGCGGGCUUGUCUUUCUGCUGUCAGCCUCUGUUGGUCCCUGCGCAGCAGCACGCCCGCCCACCGACCGACGCGCCAAUCAGCGGCGCCGCCGGCCCGCCGGUCGGCGACAGCCGACCAAUAGGCUCCUCCGACGGCCGGGGCUCGACCAAUGACGCAUCGCUAACCGGCGGCGAGCCAAUCAGCGGCACCGAGCCCGUUUCGCGCGAACGUCAGAAGCGCAUGCGCAACUCGGGCCGGCCGUACCUGGCGCGCAGCCACAAGUUCAAUCCCGGGAAGCAGUUCGCGCCGGUGGACUGCCACUGCCAGCUGCGCUGUGCAGAGAAGGUGUCCGUGGCGCGGCAGCUAGAGAUCUUCCAGCAGUUCUGGGACCUGGCCGACUGGCAGCUGCAGGGUCAGUUCAUCUGCAACUUUGUGUACCCGAUGCCAACCAAGCGCCAGACAAAGGGCGCAGAAGCGUCACGGCGGGCUUUCAGCAGGUGCUACUACCUGCCGCUCGGUCUGCAGAAGGUGUCCGUCUGCAAGCGCUUCUUCCUCGGCGUCAUGAAGAUCAACUCCGGCCGGGUCGAGUACGCGAUGAAGCGCAAGCUGAGCUCGCCGCUCGGCGUGAUGCUGCCGGACCAGCGUGGCAGGCGGGCGCCGGCCAACAAGACGCCGGCCCAGCAGGUGCUCCACCUGCAGAGGCACCUGGCGACGGCGCCAGCAGACGGCGCGGACGGCGGCGCCACGGCCGACUGCUGCGCUCGCUUGUAUCGGCAGUACUGCGACAGGUGUGUGUCGGAGGGCCGUCGGCCGGUGGGCGCCUCCGUGUUCCGGCGUUAUUGGCGCCAGGCGCGCGCCCGCCGCCCGGCCCGCUCCGGACCGCCCGGCUGAAGCCCGGCUCCCUGGACAGCCGCCGGACCGGCGGCGCCGCAUGGACAAGCGUCGCUGUCGGAGACAAGCUGGCCGCGGCUGAGGCGCCUCCAAGGCGCCUGCUGUCGGAGACGGACUGGCCGCGACUGAAGCGCCCCCGAGCCGCCAUUGCGGAGCCUAUGACCGCCCGGCUCGUCCGGCGCCAGCUGGUGUCACGCGCUCCUGAUGCCCAGCGGGGAUGUCCAGCGACGUGUCGGAGAAGCGCGUGCGAGGCAGCCUGCUGUGCCGCACGAGGGAAACUAAUAACUCUAUCACCCCCACGCAUGAAAGGCUGAACGUAAUCCGUGCAUCGGCAUCAGGUGGCACUGCUCGUCAUACGGCCCUUUUGCUGCAUUCAGAGCCAGCAUUUAGACAUCAAGCAUCCGUCUCGGUUUUUCACCAUUUCUCACUUUCUUGGCAUGUUUGUUGUCAUUAAUGGUGUGUUGACCACACCAGAGAAGGAAUUUUAUUGAUGUAUUCACCUGUGGCAUCAAUAUCUUUGAUGUCCGCCCUGCGAUGAGCAGGCGCCUCACAUUCCUUGCGCGAGACGAAACCGCCCCUCGUUGUAUGCGCGUGACUGCAGGUCCGAGCGCCGCUGUGGGGCAGCCUGCAGGCUGGCAGGGAGGGUAAGGCAGGGCAGGGCAGGGCAGGGCAAGGCAGGACAGGACAGGACAGGACAGGACAGGGCGGGGUAGGACAGGACAAGACAGGACAGAGCACAGCACAGCACACCAGAGUACAGCACAGCGCAGCACAGGCAGACCGUGGCUGCGUUGCCGCAGGCAGAGGCCGGCAGGAACGCCGCCCCAUCACCUGCUCACGGGGACAUAACUGCAGCUGGCUGUCCUGGGCGUAUUGCCGAGUAGGUGUGUUGUAUGACGCAACGUGCUGCGUCGGUUGUGAGUGCUAUGCGCGGGUUUUCGUCGCCGCUCGAAGGUGCGUUGCCGGGGUGCCGGUAGUGUAGUGGCUAACGCGUCUGCGUUAACCACUGCACGUCUGGGAAACCUGAGGUACGGGUUCGAUUCCCCGCGGUGCCCGCCCUUCCUGCCAGGGUGAGAGGCAGGCGACGCCAUAUAGCCUCAGCAGCUGAGAACGUCGUUAAGCCCCAAUGACAUGACACAAGAUGAUGCGUUGCCAGUAUUGUAACCGCCGAGACCCUCGGCGCUUAUCUCUCACGUCGGUUGUUGUUCUGUGGCCGGCGGAGCACGCGGUCCGUGGUGGCUCACCCCCGGGCCGACUGAUCUCGAGGUGGACACCCGAGCCGUCCCAUCAGGUCUUCAGUCAAGGGUGUGUUUGUUCAUAUCUAGUCUGUAUCGCACCGUGAGGUGCCUGAUAUGCAGUGGUGAAAUGAUUGUCGUCUAGCUGUCCAGCUGUGAUGUACUGCCUUGCUGGUAAGCACAACAAUUUGUAGAGUGUGAGUGUGUGUCUACCCUGUAUGUAGAGUGUGAAAUGUGUGUAUUUAUGAAAAAGUAAGAAAUGAUACGAAUUUCAAAACUCGCCUAAAAAGGCAUGGCUGCAGAAAUAUAGUGAUUUCGCUGCUGA